AUGGCGACUUCGGAAGCCCCGCCAGUUUAUAAUACUCUUAAUGAACCCGUUAUCGUCACCUUGAAACGAGACGUGUGGCGUGUGAUACACAAUCUCCGGAACGUGGUGUUGCCGAUGGGACGAGGCGAAGGGGCUCACAGCUCCAUCCGUGACUGGGACUUGUGGGGUCCCUUCUUCUUCAUCAUCUUCCUCGCCUUCAUCCUCUCAUCCUCAGCCUCGGAGAACAAGUCCAAAGUCUUCGCGGUGGUCUUUGGUGUCCUCUCCUCUGGGGCAAUCAUUCUUACUCUGAAUGUGCUCCUUCUGGGAGGGAGGAUCAUCUUCUUCCAGAGUCUCAGUGUGCUUGGCUACUGCCUCUUUCCACUUGACAUCGGAGCCUUUGUUUGUCUAUUUAUCUACAGCAAGUGGAUUAGAUUCGCAGUUGUCACAGCCACCCUCGUUUGGAGCUCCUCCGCAGCUUACCCGUUUGUCUCGGGGGCUGUGCCAGAAGCUAGAAAGUUUCUAGCCGUGUAUCCAUCCUGCUGGACGAGUGAGAGACAUCGUUUUUCCGAAUCCUGCUAUCUCGCGGCUCCCAAAGCAGGGUCGCUGCAAGGGUUUGAUACACCAGGAGGUAUUCAGUGCUGUGCUGCCCGAUUUCGAGUGCUGUGCUGUGCACGAGGUGCAAGGGGUGUGACGGACGCUACUGAUUCCGAAAGAGAGGGAGACGCCAGCAUGCCGACGCUCUCUGAGGAUGCGGUGUAUCUCGCCAAGAGGUUCAUGUCAGUGGUCGCGAUUGGUUCAGCGGCCAUCGUCACUCUGCCGUUUCUCCUGUCCGCCGCCUUCGUGUUCUCGCCUCUUUUAGGCGUGCUUGCUGCGUACAGCUUUGUCAAGUCCCGUUCACCACAGCAGAAGCUCCUACAGGGCCCCAGCAGCAGCGCGGGCAGAAGGCCGUGGCAGCCGUCUUCAGGCAUUCCACACAAGCAUUUCCAACCUGAGCAACCUUCCCUCUGCCUGCCACAGCCUGCCAGCACCAGCAUGGACGUGCAACGUAGUUCCCCCUUGCCUGCUGCAAGCGAGCCAGUAUCAGGGGGGGUAAGGGGACCGGGCAGCUGGGCUGGUGGAUUUGGAGAGACCCAGGCGAGGGAAAGGACCAACCUGGAUGCUGCUCGCCGAUUCCCUCCUCCUCAACUUGCCGUCCCGCUCGCUGCCCCUUCUCAAGCUGUCCCCUCUCAAGCUGUCCCCUCUCAAGCUGUCCCCUCUCAAGCUGUCCCUUCUCAAGCUGUCCCCUCUCAGGCUCAACCGGCCUGUACUGGAGCUAUGCAUUCUCAAGCUGCCGCUCCUCAUGUGACUCCUACCGCUCCUGCUGGCAUUCGAGCUUUUCCCUCAAGCCCAGAGUCUGUGCAUGUAUCGGGGUUUCCUAAAGCGAGGGCAGUGGCUGGGCUGGGCAGCAUGGAAGGACCGAGGCCGACAGUGCGAAUGAGAGUCCAGGCGAUUGACUCUGGUGCGGCUGAGGAGGGGGUGGCAGUAGGAAGAGGGUCAAGGGUGAUGGAACAGCAGCAGCUGGGAGGGAAGGAGGAUGAGGGAGAAGAGGAGGACGAGGGUUUCACUCUGGUGCUUCAUCACAUUCCUAAGGACUUGACUGGCGUGGCACGCGUUCGUGGGGGUGAAGCAGCAGAGGCAAGAGAGGCAGGAGAGGCAGGACAGACAGGUGAGGAAGCAGAGACAGGGGAGGCAGGUGGUGCAGGAGCAGAAGCGCUUGAAGCAAGCAAAGAGGAGAUGGCAGCAGCAGGCGUGGCAGGGCAGGAAGGCGGGAAACCCGAGGCAGAGAGCCCUGCAUCGCCCAGGCUGGAGGCUGAGCUGCUGUGUGAUUUAGUGGGGUUGACCCCCCCUCCUCCAUUGUCCCCUCAGCCGAAGCUGCCCAGGCAGGCACGUGCUUCGAGGAAGCAGGCUGCGGAGGGACAGCUGUGGGAAGUGCGGCGUGCCAGCCAGCUGGUGGAAGCAACCAAGGAACAGCUAGUCCGUGCUAAGAAUCUCGCAUCCGACCCAUACGUGUCCUGCAGAGAGGACAUGUUGAACCGGCACCUGGCUUUCCGCACGGCAGCCCCCGGCGACCUGCAGCGCGUGCAUUCCCUGGAAGAGGCCGGAUACCCUGCAGAUGAAGCAGCCUCCCUUGACUCUCUAACCUACCGCAUCCACCAAGCCAGCUCGGUGUUUCUGGUGGCGACACUUGGCAGCGAGCUAGUGGGCUUCGUGUGUGGCACUCAGACGCCCAGGGAUGAGCUGGAUCACGCCUCCAUGUUCACUCAUGACCCACAAGGAAGGACCUUGUGCAUUCAUUCCGUGUGUGUGGACGAAAAGCACCGUCGUCAGGGCAUUGGAUCGCGUCUGUUGAGAGCAUACAUCAAGCACGUAUCGACCAUUGAACAACCUAGUUUGCACUCCAUCCGACUGUUAAGCAAGGAGCCACUGAUAGGGUUCUAUGAAAAAAUCGGCUUCACCUUGGUGGGGCCUUCAAGUGUAGUUCAUGGAAGGGACAUGUGCUCCGUUCAGUCGCGUUUUGACGUAGCAAAAGGAUUUUUCUCGCAGAGUGAGAAUGGUAGCAAGAAGCAGGCACCUCAACACGCUCCUGCUGCUGAUGCUGCCACUGCUCGCCAUCGUAUCAGCUGCUUCUUCCCGUGGUUCAAACCCAAAGGGCGCAAAGACCCGCUGCGAUCACAGCAAGACGAGGACGACGAUGAUCAGAACCUUUCGUAUCAGGGCGACAGGCAGGGCAGGGCAGGGCAGCAGGGGAGUGAUGCAGCAGGGCGGGGCAGUGCUCCUCCGGCAGCCAUGUCCCUCUACCGACCAGAGCUUGAAUACCGUUGCCUGCCCCUGCUGCUCCCUUCAUCCCCGCCCCUCUCAACUCCUCCCUCGCGAAACCCACCUGUCACUGAAGCAGUGCGGAAUGCGACAGCAGCAGCAGUGGCGACGCUGUUCGCGGCGCCUGCCCUCGCGCGCUUCGCAGGGAGCCUCAUGGUGCUGCUUUCAUGCAACAACGCCGCCACUGGCGUGGCCGUCACUCCCGUCGGCCUCAAAGGCGUGGACCUUACCAUCUACCCCCGCCCCGGCUUUGACGGCUUCCUCCCGGAAGAGGAAGAGGCGAUCUGGACGUAUCUGAGAGGUGUUGGCAAGGGCGUUUAUGACUGCGACGUGGGGCUGCGGGGUCCUGGUGCAGUGCAGAACGGUGUUGCGGGUUUGCGGAACGGUACUAGUGGGUAUGGGAGUUUGGGAAAGGGUUCUGGAAGGGGGAAUGGGAGUAUGGGUCGUACCCUUCCUGGUGGUUUGUGGGAAGAGAAGAUACCUACUGGGCCUUCUCUCUUCUGGGUGUUCUUUGAAGUGGUCGAUGUUACAGUGCCCAACAACAGCAGGAGCAGCAGCAGCAACGUCACUGGCAACACCGUCACCGUUUCUGAUGACCCUUAUGCUGCUGCGGCUGGAGCACCCCCUGUGGACGGCUGGCCUGUAUCAACUGAGGAUUCUUCCAGCAGCAGCGGCAGCAGUGGCAGCACCACUGGUUCUGCUGCAGCUGGGGGCCUCUCCGCACCUUUGAUUGCAGCCAUUGCAUUAGCUGCCGCAGCCGCUGCCGCCACUGCCGCCAUUGCUGCUGUCCUGCUCUUCUGCCCCACCUCCUGCUGCGGUGGCAGGAGGAAGCACCGCAGGAGUGACAGCGCGAGCAGCAGUGGCAAGGGCGGGGGAAAGCUGUUUGGGGCGAAUCUGCGGGUCUUUGGAGGGAAGGGGUUGGAUGGACGGGUGGGGAAGCUCAAUGGAUUUUACAAGGCGUUUGGAAGCAAAGCCUUUGCUCGCCUCGUACCCGACCCAGACGCCAUCCUCGCUACAGGCGCACUCGACAUAAGCUACGCCUCAAUCGAGGCCGCCACGCACCGCUUCAGUGAGAAGAACCUUCUGGGAAGGGGCACGUUUGGGCGCGUGUACAAGGCCACUCUGCCCAACGGGCUGAGGCUUGCUAUCAAGAGGCUCGACCUGUUCGUUGCUGGGGGGGACGUGGGGCGAGGAGGAGGGGGAGCUGGAGGAGGGCGAGGGGGAGGCCAAGCAGGGGUGUCCAGGGAAGCUGCCAGGAAGCUGUUCGUGCAGCAGGUGGAGGCGCUGUCUCUCAUGCGCUGCCCCCACGUGGUGCCACUGCUGGGUUACUCCACGGAUGGAGUCAGUGCCGUGCUGGCUUAUGAGUUUGUGCCCAACGGCAGCUUGCACGACCACCUGCAUGGCUCGGGGCGGCUGGACUGGGCGCACAGGGUGAAGAUCGCAGUGGCCAUAGCGCGGGGCCUGCAGAGCCUGCACCAGCGCCUCGUGCCCAUUGGCCCUGCCUCCCCUCCCGCGCAACCCCAUGGGGGAGACGCCACCCGGGACCCAUCCCACCUCCGCCCACCACUGGCAACCAGCCAAUCAGCUUCAUCCACCUCACCUUACACCACAAACCCCGGCUACAGCUCCAACCCCACUGCCCACCACACUUCGUCUAAUGCCUCCCCUGACCCGCUGCAGAACAGUGCCUAUGCCUCCCCCCACAGCUCCCUGCCCUCGUCCCUCGGCGGCUCGCCCCACAAGCUGGACACGCUACAGGAGAGCCCGCUGGAGGGGGAGGGGGAUGGGGACGGGGAGGAGGAGUUUCUUGUUUCUGUGGGUCAGCGGGAUGGACCGAGUGACAGUGAUAGCUACAGCAGCAGUGGGGAGUUUGAGAGCGGUGUGGGGAGUGGGGUUGGUGGGGUGGGGAUGGACGGAGAGGGGGAGGAGGGUGAAGGGGAGGGCGCGGGGGGUAGGGAGGAGGUGGUGGUGAGGGACGGGCAGCGGUGGGUGAGGGCGGUGCAUGCUAACCUCAAGAGCGCCAACGUGCUGCUUGAUAACUCGGGCAAUGCCAAGGUGACGGACUACUGCCUCUCGCGCCUGGCGGAGGACGCUCUUCCCACCAGGCGGGGUGGCAGAGCCACCGGCACCUUUGGGUACCUCGCUCCCGAAGGGGUGCUGUUUGGUGUGAACACGCAGCGCAGUGACGUGUACAGCUUUGGGGUGAUCCUACUGGAGCUCAUCACGGGGCGAAGGCCCAUCGACCUCUCCAAGCGGCCAGAUGAGCAGUCCCUCGUCUCAUGGGCCGUGCCGCUCAUUGACAGGGACGAGACGCUUGCCAUUGCCGACCCGGCCUUGCGGAACCGCUUUCCACCAACCAGCUUCCACCACCUGGCCACUGUUGCCGCCGUUUGCGUGCAAUCUGAGCCGUCCUUCCGGCCAACCAUGACCCAGGUCCUCGGAUCGUUGGUCCCUCUCAUAGACCUUGCCGAGCAAUGGAAGAGCCAGGGGAAGCCGCACGCCGGGCCCGUCAAGUCUGCUUCUCCACCUUCAUCUGGGCUGGCGGAGAGUGACGGUAACGAUAACGGCGACGACGAUCCGCUGCCGGUGGGCGUGAGCGCGCUGGAUUGGGCGUUCAACAUGCUCCGCUGGUGCCCCGCCAGCGACCUCGAGCUCCGCUCCUGCGAAUGCCGACUGCUCUCGUUCGUUAGGACCCCGCAUCGCGUGAUCCAAAUAGACAUCGGCCACCCGCCGGCCGUCCGCAAGAAAGCCACCGUCUGGCCGUCAGACAAACCGCUAGAAGACACCCUGUCGUGGGGCUGGAAGAAGGCGGCGGAAACCGACGGCGGAAGCGGCGGCGGCGGAGGCGGCGGCGGAAGCGGCGGCGACGCGGCGGAGAACUGCUUCAUCAACACGCUGGUGGUGGGGGCGACGACGUGUCGCGGCGACGGGCGCGGCGACGAGGAGGAGGUGAACGGCAAGCCGAACCUGGUGAUAAUCCACGGGUACGCCGCCGCGCUGGGGUUCUUCUUUCGCAACUACGACGCACUCGCGGAGCACUUCAACGUCUACUCCAUCGACCAACUGGGGUGGGGAGCAUCCAGCCGUCCGACUUUCACGCCCGCUUCACCUGAAGAGGCAGAGACGUGGUUCGUGGAGGCGUUGGAGGCGUGGCGAAGGGAGAUGGGGCUGCGGCGCUUUGUGCUGCUCGGCCACUCAUUUGGGGGCUUCGUCGCCUCACGAUACGCCCUCAAGUACCCAUCGCGUGUGCGCCAUCUGCUGCUGGUGGGGCCAGCAGGGUUCAGCCACGAGUCAGCCAAGAUGCAGCAGUUCCGCUCCACGUGGAAAGGUUUCGCCUUCCAGUGCUACUGGGACACCAACAUCCCACCCCAGCAGUUCAUUCGCUGGUUGGGACCGUGGAGUCGGGACAUUGUGAAGAGCGCCACAACACAGCGGUGGUCCGACCUGCCACCACCACAAGAGAACAUGACCCCCGAGCAAGUGGACGCCUUCUGUGACUACAUAUACCAGACGCUCUCAGCGCCCAUGAGUGGCGAGCAGUGCAUGAAGUUCAUCUUCUCCCUCGGGGCCUUUGCUCGCCGCCCGCUCAUCGACAGUGCGGUGCACUGGAAGGCGCCGACAACGUUUAUCUAUGGGGAGCAGGACAUCAUGGACCAUCGGGCAGGGCUGGCAGCGGCCAAGCAGAUGCCCGUACCGGCUGAGGUGUUCAACUUGCAAGAGGUUGGCCACAUGCUAUUUUUAGAAAAGCCUACUAUUUUCAGGGAUGCUAUUCUAGACGAAGCGCAGAAGGCGAAAGGCCUCGCCGAGACGAAGCUAUUGGCUGGCGACGUCGCAGGGGCCCGGCGAUUCUGGGAAAAAGCCAGUCGCAUGUACGCGUCGCUCGACGGCCUUUCGCAGAUGCAGGCAGUCCUCGACGUUCACGAAGCCGUCGCGAAGCGGUUACCUGGUGUCGGUCAAGGCGAGGUGGACUGGUACCUCGUUUUAGACGUUCCCGAUUUCUGCGACGACGACGCGUUGAUAAAGAAAUCGUAUCGGAAAAAGGCGUUGCUGCUGCAUCCCGAUAAGAACAAAGGCGCGGGGGCGGAGACCGCGUUUAAGUACGUCUCAGAAGCCUUCGGUUGCCUGUCCGACAAGGUGAAAAAACAGCAGUUCGAUCUAAGAAAGCGAGCCAGAGUAGCCAUCGGAGCGCGCGGCGGGCACCACUCCGCCGCCAGCGCAGCAGCCGCCGCCGCCGCCGCCGCGAGUCGGCAUCAGACCGCGGCAAAUCAGCAGCAUGGGGGCAGCGGUCGGGGGCACGGUGCAAAAGGAGGCGCAGCCUCGGGCGCUGCGGCAGCUCCGUUUUACACGCGGUGCCACCAUUGCUGCGCGAGCCUGCUGUGUAAGCAGGACUCGCGCGGGCAGAUUGUGAAGUGCCUGCUGUGCGAAAAGAUGUUCCUAGCUGUCGAAGUCGACCCUCCCAGCAAGGCGAAACCUGCUGCUGCCAGUGGUGCUCCUGCUGGCGCCGGCGGGUUUGAACCAACAGCAGCAGCAACAACCACAGCAGCAGCCACAGCAGCAGCCACAGCCGCAGCAACCCGGCCAGUCGCAGCAGCAGCAGCAGCAGCAGCAGCAGCAGCAGCAGCAGCAGCAGCAGCAGCAGCAGCAGCAGCAGCAGCAGCAGCAGCAGCAGCAGCAGCAGCAGCAGCAGCAGCAGCAGCAGCAGCAGCAGCAGCAGCAGCAGCAGCAGCAGCAGCAGCAGCAGCAGCAGCAGCAGCAGCAGCAGCAGCAGCAGCAGCAGCAGCAGCAGCAGCAGCAGCAGCAGCAGCAGCAGCAGCAGCAGCAGCAGCAGCAGCAGCAGCAGCAGCAGCAGCAGCAGCUAUCCAGGCCCUAUCCCGAGGCAAGACAAUUGACAACAUCAGUGUGUUUGCCUUCCGCUUGCCGGGGGUGAAUAUUCACCCGAACUUUCCUCUGGCUGUUUUUCCGCAGCCGGGGCAGGUCUGGGCGGUGUUUACUGACCGGGUGCUGCUGCAGCAGCGGCGAAACGGGACAGGUUCGGGGGGAGGUUCGGGGGUAGUUUCGGGGGAGGGGUUGGACAGGUAUGAUAUGGUGCAGGUGGCUCGGGAAGGGGAGGUGAAAGGGGGCGUGGCAGCGGUGGUGGGAGCGGCGGGGUUGAUGGGGCUGCCGGAAAGGCCGGAGGAUGGGGUGAGAGGGCAGGUGGUGGUAUGGCUGCUGCGGCGCAUGGAAGGAUACACCAGCAUUUUCCAGCGCACGAGCGAGUGCCUGGCAGUGGAUGUGACAGUUUUCUCUCACUUCGUCCCCACGUACAAGUGCAAGGGCAACGAGGCCAACUCCAAGGGACUCCCCUCCCCGCCUAAAGGAGCCAUGGAGCUUGACCCGGCCGCCAUCCCUCCCGUCAUCUCACCCAUUACCACGUCAAGACUUGCGUGA